UGGUUCGCGGAGCGCGUGGACCUCAUCAUCCUGCUCUUCGAUGCCCACAAGCUGGAGAUCUCGGAUGAGUUCUCCGAGGCCAUCCGGGCCCUCAAAGGCAACGAGGACAAGAUCCGGGUGGUCCUCAACAAGGCCGACAUGGUGGAGACGCAGCAGCUCAUGCGGGUCUAUGGGGCCUUGAUGUGGUCCUUAGGGAAGGUCUUCAACACCCCCGAGGUGCUCAGGGUCUUCAUCGGGUCCUUCUGGUCGGAGCCGCUGCUCAUCGCCGACAACCGGCAGCUCUUUGAGCUGGAGGAGCAGGAUCUGUUCCAGGAGAUCCAGAACCUGCCCCGGAACGCCGCGCUCCGCAAGCUCAACGACCUGGUCAAGAGAGCGCGGCUGGUGCGGGUCCACGCUCACAUCCUGGCCCGGCUGCGGAAGGAAAUGCCGUCGGUGUUCGGGAAGGAGGCCAAGAAGAAGCAGCUCAUUUCCCAGCUCCCGCUGCUCUUCGCCCGCAUCCAGCUGGAACAUCACAUCCCAGCCGGAGACUUCCCCGACUGCGCCCGCAUGCAG